AUGGAUACAGAUAGCAUCAGUCGUCUUCUGGAAGAUGUUUCAACGCCGGAAACCAGUGAUAUCGAAGACCCGUACCACGAUCACGAGGGAGAGCAUGGUUCUGACGAAGAUUAUCGUCCAUUUGCUCACAACAACAGUAAUGCACCGGUAAGUCCAUCUCUGCUAACUCAAGAAGAUAUAACUGCAGUUAAUACCGCACUUCAGUAUCCGGAGGUGGAACAGCCUGGUGCACAAACAGCUAGUGAUAAUUUGCUGCCUAACGACAUGGAUAUUUUUCUUCAGUCUUCGGAGGUGGAACAGCCUGGUGCACAAACAGCUAGUGAUAAUUUGCUGCCUAACGACAUGGAUGUUUUUCUUCAGUCUUCGGAGGUGGAACAGCCUGGUGCACAAACAGCUAGUGAUAAUUUGCUGCCUAACGACAUGGAUGUUUUUCUUCAGUCUUCGGAGGUGGAACAGCCUGGUGCUAAAACAGUUAGUGAUAAUUUGCUGCCUAACGACAUGGAUGUUUACUUCAGUCUUCGGAGAUGGAACAGCCUGGUGCACAAACAGCUAGUGAUAAUUUGCUGCCUAACGACAUGGAUGUUUUUCUUCAGUCUUUGGAGGUGGAACAGCCUGGUGCUCAGCUCAGACUCAGCUCCUCCCCAUUUAAAAUUACAUUAG